AUGAAUGAAGACAAUACCUCGGAAGAUAUAACAUCUGUUGAAAAUAAAGAGCAGGAAGUAUCGGAAGAGCAACCAACUGAAGAACAACAACAACAGCAACAACAACAACAACAACAAGUUCCGGAAGAUGAUGUUGAUGACCAAGUGAUGGAAACUGAAGAAGCACCAAUUGAGUCCAACGAACCAACUGCGGAAGUGGGAUUUUCUCCAGUCCAGGAAGAAGUUGGAAAUGAUCUGAUAAUACAAGAACCAGAAGAACCGCAUACUUCAUUUUUACAAAUUCCGCAAUCGGAUAAGUAUCAAUACACCACUCCUUCAAAAUCAUUACCUCCCCUUAAAGAUAUCGAUCAAAUAACCACACCCAAGCAAUUCGAUGUGGCCAAGGAUGUGGAUGAUGUCGCUGAUGUAACAGUACUGAAUGUGACUAGUUCACCUUUUAAGAAUAUUUUAGGCGGGAUAAACGAACAACAAGAGGAACUUGAUGCGAUCGAUGAAGAAAUGAAAGAUAUCAGCGAUGAUGCAGUUAAAGCCGUAGCAGGAUAUUUAUCAAUUGAUGAAUCGAAGGUUCGCGAAGUUGCAAAUCAUCUGGAAUUGUUUAAGGCUUUAUUAUCCAAGUCUAGUGAAUUUCAAGAAAUUGCUUCUCAAAAUGAUUUUCUUAAACUUCAAUUGGAACAAAUUAGUAAUCGUAGUGUCAAACAAGUGGAAGUAUUACAAGAGAAGUUCACCAAAGCUGAUAAUUUAUCAACCUCUUUACUUCAAGAGAAUGAACAAUUGACAUCACAAUGUAAGACACAAGAAAAUCGAAUCAAAGAAUUAGAAGACCUGAAUUCGUCACUUAGGAAUCAAUAUGAUCGUCUUAAGGAAUCAUCUGAAGUAACAAAUAAAGAAUUGGACAAGAUAAGAGAAUCAGAAAAUCAUAAGGAGCUUCAAUUCCAACAACAAGUGAAUCAAUUGUCUUCCACAAAUAUAGAACAAAGUAGAAAAUUAAACGAAUUAGUCAAAGAAAUUAAUGAAACAAGAAAUGAUAAAUUUUCAAUGCAAUUGCAAUUACAAAAAUCACAAAACGAGCUUUCAUAUCUCAAGGAUCAAAAGGAAUGGUAUGAUAAUGAAUUAAAACUGGUACAAGAAAGAUUCACCAAUUUGAUCAUCCAACAUGAAAAGGAAUAUCUUAUGACUAAUUCCAAGAUUUCAAAAUUAACUGCUAGAAAUGAAACUUUAGAAUCAUUAGAAAAGCAAUCUCAAGAAACCAUAGCAUCUUUAUCGUCUAAACUUGAACAAGAAAUAACCAAGACUUCAAAGCAUCAUACUGAAUUUGAAUUAGAGAAAUCUCGUUUCUUGAAGGAAUUGUCUGCUAAGGAAGAAUUGAUUGAAUUGACAAAAUUACAAUCGGAACAACGUGCAACUAGAAUACAGCAGUUAGAAUCAUAUAGUGAUGAAAUAAAGUCAACAUUAGGUGAUCAAAUUUCCAACCUUGAAAGCAAGUUAGCCGAAAAGACCGAGAAGGUGAUUGAAUUAGAAGAAAGACUCAAGAGAACCGAAGAAGUUUUGGAUGCCGAAUUACACAAGGAGACUGAUUUACCAAAAUGGACUGAAUCUUCUGCAUUAAUUGCUGCUAAUGGUAUUUCAUUAUCUAAGAUAUAUACUGAAUAUAAUCAUUUAAAGAAGCAAUUAGUCUCUGAGAAAGCCCAGAAGCAAAAAAUGGCCGCUCAGUUAGAACAAUUCGUUAAUGAAUUUGAAUCUAAGAAACCUGCAUUGGCAAAUUAUCGUGAUCAAGUUAAAUUCUAUGAAACUUCACUUAAAGAAAUGAUUGGAAAAGUUGAAAUUAUUCGUUCUGAAAAAGCUGAAGUUGAAAAGGAUGUUAAAAGAUUAAGAACCAGAAUACUUGAAGAUGAGAAUGAAAUGGUAGGUAUGAAGAAAUUGCUUAAUGAUUUAGGUAGACAAUUAUGUUUCUAUUUGAUUCAUUCUAGAAUUAGAGAAAAUCAAGGUGAUCCAUUAACAGUUAGUGAAAAGAAUGCUAUUGAAAAGAUCUUGGCCAAAACUGGUAAUUUGGAUGAAACACUGGAAACUGAUUCCGACAGAUUAAUUUCUGAAAGAUUGGUUGAAUUUAGAAAUAUUAUUGAAUUGAGACAAAAGAAUCAAGAAUUAUUAGUAGCUAUUAGACAAUUAUCUAAACAAUUGGAAAGCCAUGAAGAAGAAAAUAAUAAUUUUGAAAGUGUCGCUAUUGAAGAAGCUAAGGAUGCUAUUCUUACUUUAGAACGUGAAGUUGAUAGUUUAACAUUAAAAUUGGAUGCCGCUACAAAGGAAAGAGAUGCACUCAAGAUAAUCAGUGAUCAGCCAACUUCGUCAAAUGCAGAAGUAAAGUACCUUACUCAAGUGAAUGAAGACUUAAGAAAGAGAAUUGAUGACGGUGAUAAGAUAAUGAAGAGUUUAAGUGACCAAUCAUCAAAGACUAUUCGUGAUUUGAAUGAAAAAUUAAGAGAUGUUACUGAUGCUAAGAAUGAAUUAUCGUUGAAGGUAUCCAUGGUGCAGAAAUCAGCAGAAUUGGCCGAAUCUAGAUUGAUGAAUUGUCAAAGGUCAUUAGAGGAUUCUAGACAAGAAAUGUCGCAAGUCAGAAAAGAAAUAGAUUUCUGGCAACAACAAGCAUCUAAGCAAGAAUCUUUGAUAGUUGAAAAAGCUCAAGAAUUACGUACUUUAGAAUCGGUUGUUUCUAAGAAUAGAAUUGCUAUCAACACUCUUGAACGUGAGAAAGAAUUUAGUGUUACAUUACAGAAGUCAUUACAAAAUGAAGUUGAUACUCUUAAGAAUGAUAAGAUCAAGCUUAAUGAAUUUGUAUUGAACUUACAAUCACUCUUGAAAGCUCGUGAAGAGUCAUCUAAGGAAUUAUCCGACAAGCUUAACUCAUCCAUUGAAAACUAUCAAAACUUACAAACCAAACUUGCUGAAAAGGAAGAACGUAUCCAAAUUUUAUCUAGUCAAACAGAAUUAUCACUCAAGGCUCAAAAUACCAAGUUAGAACAAGUGAAUGAAAUAAGUCGUCAAUUAUUAGAGACGAGAACUAAGUUAUCCGAAAAGGAACGUUUGGUUGACGAGUUAAGAAGAAAAGUUGAAAGCGCAAAGGCUCCUAUUUCAGUUGUAUCUCAACCAGUUCCAGCAGCUGCAAUGUCUAGUUCAACAUCUUCUGCCACUACCCAAUCAUUCGAAAUUAAUCAAUUGAAGGAAGAUUUGCGUAAUGCUGAGAUGCAAAUUGAGGAAUUGACCAGUCUUGCCAAUGCUAGUGAAUCUGCAUUAGUUAAUGCCACCAAUUCAUUUGAACAGUAUAAGAUUGAUUCUGAUGCAAAAUGUGAAGCAUUAAUUAAAGAGAAGCAAUAUGUUGAUGAUGAAGUAAAGAGAUUGCAAGAUUUAUGUAACACUACUGCUCAAGAAUUACAAACUGCUCAACUGACUCAUAUGGAAGAAACCAAUGAAUUGAGACUGAAAUUAAGUGAAUAUAAAUUAAAGGCUGAUGAAUAUGAUAAUUUGGAUCGUGAUUAUCAAAAUAAGAUUGAUUCUAUUCGUAAGGAUCUUGAACAUCAAAUUCAAAUCUACAAUGAUGCUCAGAAUAAAUAUCAAUUGGAAAUGAAUCAAAAUAAUAAAUUGAAUGAACAAAUUAAUUCAUUGAAGAAUGAUUUGAAAGAAAGAGCUAGUGAAAUUGAACAAUUGAAGAAAGAGUUAGAAUCAGUUAAGGGAGCUUUAUUGGCGAAGCAAGAAAUGUUGGCUGCUGAGAAAUCUCAACUCGAGACAGAAUUGUCGAUCUCUAAUAAUAAGAUUACUGAAUUGAAAGAACAAAAUGAUUUAUUAUUAAACCAAAUGGAAUUAACCAAGGCUUCUGCAAAUAUAGAUGAGCAAGAAAGUGGCGAUUUCAGUCAAGUGAUUCAUUACCUUCGUCAUGAAAAGGAAUCAAGCGAUGCUAAAUUGGUGGUUGCUACUGAAGAAAACCAAGAAUUGAGGGUUAGGGUAGAACGGCUUCAAAAUGAGCUCAAUAUCACCAAAUCUGCAUUGAGCAAUGCUAACAUGAUUAACUUGGAUACAUCUAUAAGGGAUCAUGAAGAAGUUUCAUCUCAAUUAGAACAAUUAAGCAUUCUUAAGGAAAGCAACACUACUUUAAGACAAGAGAAUACCAAGAAAUCAGAACAAAUUCUGAAGUUAGCUAAUCAAGUAGAAACCUUCAAUGAAGAAUUGGCAUCAGCAAAGGCUAGAAUCAAUGAGCUUGCUGACGAAGUGGCUAUGAAAGAACAAUUUGUUAAUUUAGCAAAGGAGGAAAACGAACAUUUGAAGACAAAGUUGUCAAGCGAAACUGUGACUGAAAAUGAAUCUGGAGAGGUCAUCCGGUUAAAGGAUAAAUUAAAGGAUAUCACAACUCAAGCCAAUGCAAAACUACAAGCACAGAAUAUAAGGAUUGGUACUUUACAAGAGGAGCUAGAAGCCUUGAAGGCGAAGACACCGGAAGAAUCAACGGCUUCUGCUAGUACGGAGGUCGAAGUUUCAAAGAAAGAAAUGGAAAAGGCUAAAGAAGAUCUUGCGAAAUCUAAGGAGGAGGUUGACCAAUUGAAUAAGAAAUUGAAAGUUUCCAAAGAAGAGUCAAGCAAGUACAUUGCUGAGAAAAACAAUUUGGUUAUCCAAUUCACCAACAAACAAGCAGAUUUGAAGCAGCAAUUUAAUAAAGAAAAGGAUGAACUUCGCAAGUCUUUAGAACAGGAGUUUGAAAAGAAACUUUCUGAAGCAGGUGGUUCUAAUCAAUCGACUGCGGAUCUUGAAAAGAAGUUGAAGGAGUCACAAGAAGCUUUGAAGGAAGAAUUGAAUAAAGAAUACCAGCAAAAGCUAGCUGCAUUGAAUUCCGAACACGAACAAACCUUAAAGAAGUUGAAGGCAGAGCAUGAAAAAGCUCUUGAAGCAAGAGAGAAGGCGAGUGAGCAGAAGAUUAAAAUGUUGAAUAAAAAGAUUGAAAAACUAGGUAAAACUGCCACAUCGACUCCCAAUGAAUCCCCAAGUACUACUUCUAGACCAACCACCGGAGCACUCAAUCAAGGUUCAACUGCUACAAGCUUCGGACGUCCUUCUACUGGUAACUCUCCUGCCCCAACUGGUUUCAGUCAACAAGGCACAGCACCGGUAAAACCAGUCCCAAGUCAAAAUCCUUCAAUGUCGCCCACUCCAAACCCUGCGGGUGUAGGUCAGAAACAAGCGUUUACUCCAAAUCCACCAGGAAAUCCUUUUACCGAAAGUACAUUGACAGUUCAUCGUGCUCCUGCCAAACAAGAAGCUCCAAAGUUCAAUCCUACUCCAAAUACAACCCUGCAGAACAGGAAGAGGUUCAUUACGGGUCAACCUCAACCCAAAAAUAAGAAGCAGAAGGAUGCCUAA